AUGCGGCGACAGCGACACGUUACGACGUGUUCGUUAGUCUUGAUGGGACGUGCGGGUACCGCGGCGUUUCACAACGGCGGCGGCGGUAGAAUGCGCAGGUACUACAACUGUCUACUACUACUCUGGUACUGCGACUUUUCAGAAUGCGCGGCGACGACGGACAACGUUUCUUCUUUGCCGUACGGCGCGACGUUGCUUGAACAAUACGCACCAGGGCCGUAUCGGUAUCACUACGUACACCGUACAGAUGGUGCUGGGGGCCAAUUCUUGAAAUCGUGA